AUUUAAAAUCAGUCUAAGUUGAAACACUGUUCGUAACAGUAACCAAAAUUUUACGCCAGCUGAGCCAAACUCUCAGUCGCUCUCAGUUCUCAUUUGUUUGUUUAUAGUCGAAUGUGAAUUUUUCGAUUCGGUUUGUUCCAAAAAAAGGUGAAUUCUAACGUGUGCAAUAUAUUUAUAAAAAUCAAUCGUUUGUGCGUGCAUUCGUCGUUGUAGACGAGAAUCGAUUUGUGCUUGUGUGUGAACAUUGGAAGAAAAAAAUAAGGUGUAAAGUAACAUUCCAUUAUUGGUAACAACACGCCGAAGUGAAAAAUUAGCUCAUUCCAUUGCAUUUGCUACUUUAUAUAUAUUUUUUAUUUUCAACGCGGAACCAUCUAAUAAAUCAAAAUGAGUAAAUCAGAGCAAUUAACGCCCAUACAAGAACUUUAUAAGGGCAAAACAAUUUUCAUUACCGGGGGAUCUGGCUUCAUGGGCAAGGUUUUGAUCGAAAAAUUGUUGUACUCAUGUUCGGAACUGAAGCAGAUUUUCUUGUUGAUUCGACCAAAAAAAGGAAAGUCACCAGAAUCGCGUAUUGAAGAUAUGUUCAAAAUACCGGCUUUCCAACGUAUAAAAGAAGAGAAGCCCGAUGUUAUGAAGAAAUUGGUACCAAUUCAAGGCGAUGUGACAUUUGAUAAGCUUGGCUUGAGCGGCGAAGAAUUGGAACGAGUGUGCCGAGAAACAAACAUUGUGUUCCAUUGUGCGGCCACAUUACGUUUGGAGGCAAACUUAAAAGAUGCACUUGAUAUGAAUACAACUGGAACAAAACGUGUAUUAGAUGUUGUUCGUGAAAUGAAAAAUUUAUUGGCAUUCAUUCACUUAUCAACGGCAUUCUGUUAUUGUGAUCAAGAGGUAUUACUCGAAAAGGUAUACGAUUGCCCGCACGAUCCAAAUGAUUUGAUCAAUUGUGCCAAAUGGAUGGAUGUUAAAGUAUUGGAAAAAAUUACACCGGAAAUUUUAAAUCCACACCCGAACACCUACACUUAUUCAAAACGUUUGGCUGAAAUUCUUGUACAAAAUGAAUAUCCAAAAAUGCCGGUGUGCAUUGCACGACCAAGUAUCGUAUCGCCAGCAUGGGAAGAGCCAUGUCAAGGAUGGGUAGACAGUUUGAAUGGUCCAAUUGGUAUCAUGGUUGGUGGUGCUAAAGGAGUCAUUCGUACUAUGUUGUGCAACGGUGAAUAUCGUUCUGAAGUCAUUCCGGUCGAUAUUGCCAUCAAUGGUUUGAUUGCCAUCGGUUACAAAAUUGCAACAACUCAACAAAAGCCAAUGAACAUUCCAGUUUACAAUGUUACGUGCUCCGAUAGCAAGAAAGUGACAUGGCGUGAAGUGCUCGAUCAGGGUAAAGCACUUAAUUACAAAUAUCCAUUCGAAGGUGGUCUCUGGUAUCCAGGUGGUGAUAUGACCACAUCCAAACUCGUCCAUAGCUUGAAAUUAUUCUUUUAUCAAUUAUUACCGGCUUAUUUAAUCGAUUUUAUCAUGUUGUGCAUUGGACAAAAGCGAUUCAUGGUACGUGUUCAAAAGCGAAUUUACGAUGGCUUAGAUGUUUUGCAAUUCUUCACAACUCGCCAAUGGGAUUUCCGUACCGAACGAUUCUUUGGCCUCUACAAUGAACUCACGCCGCAAGAUCAGCACAUAUUUAACAUGGACACCGACGGUAUUCCAGAUCUUGAAUACUUGAAACGUAGUAUUCUGGGUGGUCGUCAAUAUUGUCUGAAAGAACCAUUGACAACACUACCAAAAGCUAGACGUCAAUUGAAAGUAUUGUGGACCAUUGAUUUUAUUGCCAAGAUUUUCUUCUACGGUCUUUUCUUGUGGGCAUUCUUGUCAUUCACUGGAUUGAAACAAUACAUAAGCGUGCUUUUUUCUGAAUCGCAAGAAGGUUUCUUGAAAUCAAAUUAAACAAUCAUAAGUUCAUCGAACAUUCGAAAUGCAGAAUAGUUUCUUUAAAUUAGUUAACCGAAUAGAGAUAAAAAAAAAACGAGGAAC